AUGGAGAUUCUCUCAGACGACGAGGAAACUCCUCCUACAGCACCCGCGCAACCGGCGCCAGCAGCGGUGUCGUUCCCUGACUUCCCCGAGGUCUUAGACUCGGAUGAGGAGCCGGCACGGCCGGCACAGCCGGCACCGCCGGAGGCUCCCACUGUGCCAUCCACACCAACACGCGGGCGGGAGAAGUUGGCGGCACAUGAGACGUUGACACCGGCAAACGUCGCGUCUCCUCCCGUUCGGAGUGCCCUCUCCGUCUUUGGCGGUCGUCGGCCCGUGCAGGCAUGCGGCCAAAGUCCCACAGUGGCCAAGGAAACGCUCGAGGCCUUGAAGGCGUCGCAGGCGAAGUUCCAAGCCGAGGAGAAGGCACAGGAGAAAGAAGAGCGCUGGAAGGCGCUGUUGGAGGAAAAAGAGAGCCAGCACCAGAGGAGUCUGGCAGAAGCUAAACGAGCACACCAGGACCUGGAAGCGACUUCCAAGCAGCAGCGUCGGGCGAUGGAGGAGAAGGAAGAUCACUGGAAGAAGCUGCUGCAGGAGAGAGAGCACCAGCACCAGAACAGCCUGGCGGAAGCUCGACAAGCACUCGAGGACAGCGAGAAUGCCGGCGAACGCAAGCUCGCCGAUCAUCAGCGCCGCUUGAAGGGAAUCGAGGCUGAUCGAGUGCCGUUUGCAGCUCAGGAGCUGGAGAAGCAGCGCGACGAAGCCAACAGCAAGCUAGAGGCCAUGCAGCCAGUUGAACGAUUGAACUUGUGCACACCUGGCCGCCGGCAGGAAAUGGAGAGCACGAGCGACUUGUCAAAGCGCCAGCUGGAGGAGAAGGAAGAUCACUGGAAGAAGCUGCUGCAGGAGAGAGAGCACCAGCACCAGAACAGCCUGGCGGAAGCUCGACAAGCACUCGAGGACAGCGAGAAUGCCGGCGAACGCAAGCUCGCAGAUCAUCAGCGAAGGUUAAAGGAGCUGGAGAAGCAGCGCGACGAAGCCAACAGCAAGCUAGAGGAAAUGGAGAGCACGAGCGACUUGUCAAAGCGCCAGCUGGAGGAAAAAAGGGACCAACACCAAAGAGAGGCGCAAGACCUUGCUCGUGACCUGAAGGAGAAGGAAGAUCACUGGAAGAAGCUGCUGCAGGACAGCGAGCAUGCCGGCGAACGCAAGCUCGCCGAUCAUCAGCGCCGGUUAAAGGAGCUGGAGAAGCAGCGCGACGAAGCCAACAGCAAGCUAGAGGAAAUGGAGAGCACGAGCGACUUGUCAAAGCGCCAGCUGGAGGAAAAGAGGGACCAACACCAAAGAGAGGCGCAAGACCUUGCUCGUGACCUGAAGGAGAAGGAAGAUCACUGGAAGAAGCUGCUGCAGGAGAGAGAGCACCAGCACCAGAACAGCCUGGCGGAAGCUCGACAAGCACUCGAGGACAGCGAGAAUGCCGGCGAACGCAAGCUCGCAGAUCAUCAGCGAAGGUUAAAGGAGCUGGAGAAGCAGCGCGACGAAGCCAACAGCAAGCUAGAGGAAAUGGAGAGCACGAGCGACUUGUCAAAGCGCCAGCUGGAGGAAAAGAGGGACCAACACCAAAGAGAGGCGCAAGACCUUGCUCGUGACCUGAAGGAGAAGGAAGAUCACUGGAAGAAGCUGCUGCAGGAGAGAGAGCACCAGCACCAGAACAGCCUGGCGGAAGCUCGACAAGCACUCGAGGACAGCGAGCAUGCCGGCGAACGCAAGCUCGCCGAUCAUCAGCGCCGGUUAAAGGAGCUGGAGAAGCAGCGCGACGAAGCCAACAGCAAGCUAGAGGAAAUGGAGAGCACGAGCGACUUGUCAAAGCGCCAGCUGGAGGAAAAGAGGGACCAACACCAAAGAGAGGCGCAAGACCUUGCUCGUGACCUGAAGGAGAAGGAAGAUCACUGGAAGAAGCUGCUGCAGGACAGCGAGCAUGCCGGCGAACGCAAGCUCGCCGAUCAUCAGCGCCGGUUACAGGAGCUGGAGAAGCAGCGCGACGAAGCCAACAGCAAGCUAGAGGAAAUGGAGAGCACGAGCGACUUGUCAAAGCGCCAGCUGGAGGAAAAGAGGGACCAACGCCAAAGAGAGGCGCAAGACCUUGCUCGUGACCUGAAGGAGAAGGAAGAUCACUGGCAGAAGCUGCUGCAGGAGAGAGAGCACCAGCACCAGAACAGCCUGGCGGAAGCUCGACAAGCACUCGAGGACAGCGAGCAUGCCGGCGAACGCAAGCUCGCUGAUCAUCAGCGCCGGUUAAAGGAGCUGGAGAAGCAGCGCGACGAAGCCAACAGCAAGCUAGAGGAAAUGGAGAGCACGAGCGACUUGUCAAAGAGCGAGUUGGAGGAGAAGGAAGAUCACUGGAAGAAGCUGCUGCAGGAGAGAGAGCACCAGCACCAGAACAGCCUGGCGGAAGCUCGACAAGCACUCGAGGACAGCGAGAAUGCCGGCGAACGCAAGCUCGCAGAUCAUCAGCGAAGGUUAAAGGAGCUGGAGAAGCAGCGCGACGAAGCCAACAGCAAGCUAGAGGAAAUGGAGAGCACGAGCGACUUGUCAAAGCGCGAGUUGGAGGAGAAGGAAGAUCACUGGAAGAAGCUGCUGCAGGAGAGAGAGCACCAGCACCAGAACAGCCUGGCGGAAGCUCGACAAGCACUCGAGGACAGCGAGAAUGCCGGCGAACGCAAGCUCGCAGAUCAUCAGCGAAGGUUAAAGGAGCUGGAGAAGCAGCGCGACGAAGCCAACAGCAAGCUAGAGGAAAUGGAGAGCACGAGCGACUUGUCAAAGCGCGAGUUGGAGGAGAAGGAAGAUCACUGGAAGAAGCUGCUGCAGGAGAGAGAGUACCAGCACCAGAACAGCCUGGCGGGAGCUCGACAAGCACUCGAGGACAGCGAGCAUGCCGGCGAACGCAAGCUCGCCGAUCAUCAGCGCCGGUUAAAGGAGCUGGAGAAGCAGCGCGACGAAGCCAACAGCAAGCUAGAGGAAAUGGAAAGCACGAGCGACUUGUCAAAGCGCGAGUUGGAGGAGAAGGAAGAUCACUGGAAGAAGCUGCUGCAGGAGAGAGAGCACCAGCACCAGAACAGCCUGGCGGAAGCUCGACAAGCACUCGAGGACAGCGAGCAUGCCGGCGAACGCAAGCUCGCCGAUCAUCAGCGCCGGUUAAAGGAGCUGGAGAAGCAGCGCGACGAAGCCAACAGCAAGCUAGAGGAAAUGGAGAGCACGAGCGACUUGUCAAAGCGCGAGUUGGAGGAGAAGGAAGAUCACUGGAAGAAGCUGCUGCAGGAGAGAGAGCACCAGCACCAGAACAGCCUGGCGGAAGCUCGAAAAGCACUCGAGGACAGCGAGAAUGCCGGCGAACGCAAGCUCGCAGAUCAUCAGCGAAGGUUAAAGGAGCUGGAGAAGCAGCGCGACGAAGCCAACAGCAAGCUAGAGGAAAUGGAGAGCGCGAGCGACAUGUCAAAGCACGUGCUGGAGGAGAAGCAGCAUCAACACCAAACAGAGGCGGAAGAUCUCGCCCGUGAGUUGGAGGAGGUGAAAGCAGAAAUGCAGGAGAAGGAAAAUCACUGGAAGAAGCUGUUGGAGGACAGCGAGCAUGCGGGCGAACUCAAGCUCGCAGAGCUGGAGAAGCAGCGUGACGAAGCCACCCGCAAGCUGCAGGAAAUGGAGAGCGCGAGCGACUUGCCAAAGCGCGAGCUGGAGGAAAUCGAGAAAGGGCACCAGAAGAGCCUUGUGGAAGCUCGACAAGCUCACCAGGAGAUGCAAAAGGAGAAGGGCACGGAAAGCAAUGCAAGCUGCAGGCCGAAGGCGGAUUUCGAGCGGUCACAUGCCGAGCCAUCGAACGGUGGCAAUGAUUGGGUGCCUUCGCAGGCACAGAUUCCCCCUUUGAAGGUUCAGGAACGCCCUCUCCUGGGCCGACGUCGAUCGUCCAAGGACUACCAGAACAGAGCGGCCCAGGUUUCUCUUCAUCGACGUCGAGAGAAGCCGGCCGAGCUCAAGGAGUCGAGGUCAGCAAUUUCGCCGGAGCUGCGAGAUGCGCAGGCGCAGCUGCAGGAAAUAUCCAGCGAGCUCGCGUCAAGCAAGCAGCAGCUGACCAGCCAGGGUGUGGAGGCGCAGGCGGAAUCGGCAGCAUUGCGCGAGGAAGCAAGCGGAGCGUUGGCAGAGUGCGCCAUGCUGCGAACCGCGCUGUGCCGCUCAGAGGCUGCAGCCGCCUUGCAGCAGAGGGCCCAGGAAGUCGAGAUGCCAGCAGAGGCCCCUUGUGCAGCAGAUGGAAAGAGGCUCACUGAGCAGCUGCAGCAGGUGCAGCAGGCCCUGCGAUCAGCGGCUGCAGCAGCUGCCGCGGAGGGUGCUGCGGAGGUGGCAGCCGAGGAGGCGCAGACAGCUCUGGGGUCAGAGACAGCGGCUGGCAAUCAGCUGCUGCAGGAGGCAGGUACAUUGGGCCCGCCCGGCGUGGGCAGCAUCUGGGAACAAGCUGCUCAGGCCCGGGCAGAGCAGCAGCUUGGGGAGGCACAGGUGCCUGGCGACAGCGCGCGAUACCAAAUGGCCGAGUUGCGCCUUCGCGCACGCUGCCGAAUCAGCGCCGCAGAGGCGCAGUGCGAGCGUACUCAGUCCGCCUUGCUGGCCGCCAGCCUGCAGCGGCGGCGCCUGGCCGAGGAUGCCGCGGCGCUUGCUCAGGCGGCCGAGUUGGCUGCUGCUGGGGAGCUGCGCGCCUGUCGGCGACGAGGUUCCGGUGUGGAGCAAGCAGCCGCCCAAGCAAGACGACUUCAGGAAGAAGCUCGAAGCCUUCUCCCGUCAAGCCCAGCUGUGAUGCCAGCAGUGGAAUCGGGGCACUGUGUCCUUGCAAAGCAGCCGAGGGUGCACUCUCCGGAGCCCGCAGGUGCCCCAAGGCCAGAGCCGACAGUCGAGGACGAGGUUCAGCGUCGACAGCAAGCGGCCGAACUGUAUGCACAGGCCAAGCUGCAUCUGAGCCUGCAAAAGGCCGUCGACGAGGCGCGGAAUGACCUGCAGCGCCGCAUGGACGCGGCGCGGCACCGAAGCGAGGUGGAGUGCGCGCGCCGGGAGUCUCAGGAGCUUCUUGACAAGUUGGCACAGAUCCGGUCGGACGGAGAGCCCUCGCCGAUGGACCUCUGCGCCGCGCUGCGUGUUGCGCUGCGGCAGUGGUCCUCCAGAAAGGCGGCGUGCCACACUGUGCUGCAGCAGUUGGCGAGCAUAGGCGCUGCUCAUAUCGGCCAAGCUGUUGGCCUUGCCUCAGACGAGUCUUUUGGCAUCUCUCUGGAGGAAAUUUCUGCAUCCCUGCCACCUGAGCUGCGCUGGUGA